AUGAAUCCAAAAAUUUCAGAUUUUGGCCUAGCUAGGAUGGUUGCUAUCAAUGAAAAUGAGGGAAAUACACGGAGGAUUGUCGGAACAUAUGGUUAUAUGCCUCCAGAAUACGCGAUGUUUGGGCUAUAUUCUGAAAAAUCAGAUGUUUUUAGCUUUGGAGUUAUAGUUUUAGAAAUUAUCAGUGGAAAGAAGAAUGCAAGUUGUCAUGAUGAAUCGCAGUAUGCUGAUAGCCUCUUGAGCUAUACGUGGAAUCAAUGGAGUAAUGAAAAGUUGUUCGAGAUGUUGGAUUCAAAUCUAAAAGAAAUGGAAUGUUAUAAUGAAGUAAGCCGGUGCAUCCAAAUUGGAUUGUUAUGUGUUCAAAGGCAUCCAGAUUCAAGACCUUCCAUGGCUACAAUUGUUUCAUAUCUGGGCAAUGAUUCAAUUCAAUUGCCACAUCCACAGCAACCUGCUUUCUUUUUGCGUGCUCGAAGGGUAAUCACUUCUGCAAGUAGAGAAUAUAGCUCGAUUAAUGAAAUGUCUCUGAGUGAUUUCUUUCCUCGCUAGUUCCCAACUAUACAAGCCUGUUGUAUAUUGUUUCAUCUUCAUCUUGGACACCAAGCUCCAUUGCGGGUAACAUUUAAAUAACAUAAUAAGAGUUUUUAUUAUAUCUGUA